AUCACAAUGUCUUCAUUCUCUCACGUUUCUCUCCCCAUCGACAUGGAGGUGGAUUCUCCCCCCACCUCCUGCUUUGGUUCUUCUUCUUCUUUCCUUUCCGUUGAAAACAGGCCUAUCCCCCCUGUUCUCGGCAAUCCUUUUCUUCCUUCUUCCUCAAAAGGCAGGCUUAUUCCCCCUGCCUUUGGAGCUCCCUCCUCUCUCUCUUCUUCUCCUUCUUCUUCUCCUCCUCAGCCGGUUGGCUCUCAGGUUGGCUCUCACACCGACUCUGAUCCAACCGAAGAUCUCAUCCAAUCCUUCUCCUCCUUCACUGUCGGGGCUGGCCCUCUCCCCCCUGCUCUCACCAAGCAGGUAGCCGCCCCUAUUCACCCUCUUUCUCUUAUGGCUGCUCGAGUCGCUUGGGCUAAGUGCAAGAAGAGCAAGUGCUCUCCCUCUGGCAAUCACUUCCGCCAGAAUCAUCCCCUCUACCGCAAGUACUCCAACCUCUCUCUCUUUUCUUCUUCCCCCAAGAACCGCUCCAAGAGCGGCGAUAUCCCCCGUGGCCCCUCCUCUUCUUCUCCGGCGCCUGCGAAUCCCUUUGGGCCCAAGCCUGAAGGUGUUCGCAAGCGCCGCGCUCGGGGUAAGGGCAGAGGUCAGGCGAAGCAGCAACAGACUCAGGGCAAUGGUCAGACUCCUCCCCGCGGCCCUCGGAACUCUUCCCUUGAUCAGCGUCGGUCUUAUCCCCAGCCCGCUCGAGGUCAGCCUCGCGGGUCUAGACCGAAUCGCAAUCAGGGCCCGAGGGCUGCGCAGUCUGGUAACCGCAAUCCCUUUACGCCUGCUGCUGUGAAUCCGUUCUCUCAACCCUUGCCCCAGGCUUCCGCUCCCGCUCCCCCUUCUCAGCCACGCAAUCGUCGCUCUCGGGGCGGUUCUCGCCGCAACCCCAUCACUCUCUAGAGUACUUGCUUCCCUCUCUUCUUUUUCUUUCUGUACUUUGUUUUCUUCUUGCACUUACACAAAAGCCCAAAAAAACUUGAAAAGCCUAAAGAGAAAAAAAAACCCCCGUUUCCUUUGUCUUGGUUUGAGAUCUUCAUUCUUACGCUCCGUUUCCGUUUUCUUUUGUUUUUUUUUGUUUUUGCUUUUCUCUCUCUCUUCUCUCUCUCCCCCCUCUUUCUUCUCUUCGAUGUUGUUUUUGGUUUCUGGCGAAUUGGUAGACUUUUUAUCGCUUGCGUGUAGGCGAUUAUUUUACCUCCCCGGCCCCGGCGAGCCAC